AUGGCUCGUUUAUUCCAAUCCUUCCGUCGGAUCUUAGGGAUCGCUACAAGCUCGCCGGCGCCGAUUUCUUUGAGUCGUUCGUCCUUUCCUCGAUCGAUUGACACAGACUUCUCUGUCUUUCGCGAAGGCGACAGGGCAAUAAUCCAGGGCCGGAUCCCACACAUCACGAAACCGCUGAAACAUGGCAAUCGCACCGAAGUGGCUCGAGGAUAUCUCAAUCACAACGAUAUCAUAGGCAGUCGAGUUUGGGAUCUUAUACAAGCACAAAAGGGAAAGGAAUACCGAUUGAGCUUACCCACAUUGGAAGAAUACGUCGUAUACACACCCCGACUAGUCACGCCGAUCUACGGAGCAGACGCCAGUUUGAUCGUAUCAUUGCUCGAUAUCCACGUCAUACCACCCGCGGAAGGCAGCCAAGACCAAACACCCAGACUAGAAAUCCUCGAAGCAGGUACCGGCCAUGGUUCUCUUACCCUCCAUUUGGCACGCGCGAUACAAGCCGCAAAUACAAACCCACCGGCCAUACCACAGAAGUCACAGGUUCGCAUACUUGAAGAACGACCAGUGAGGUCGUACGAGGAAGAUGCGGAGAAACUGGAAGCCCAGGCAGCAAACGUCGAGGAUCGGACCGAUGCCAUCGUUCAAAAAGCAUGGGACCAAUGGCGUUCUCAACGAAGAGCUGUAAUUAAUACCGUUGACGUCUCGCCCAAAUUCUCAGCACAUGCAGAGCAGGUCGUCCGUGGUUUCCGACGAGGUAUCUAUGCUGGAAAUGUAGAUUUCCACGUCGGCGCGGUCGAAGACUGGAUCAAAGACCAAUUACAGCGCCGCAGAAGUCCGAAGGGCUUGUUCACUGGAGAUGGUACAGCCGAACCAUUCUUGUCGUAUGCUAUUCUCGACAUGCCAUCUGCACACAAACGGAUAUCACAUGUAGUACCUGCUCUGCGACGAGAUGGUCUGCUUGUAGUGUUCAUGCCGAGUAUUACCCAGAUUGGAGAGUGCGUGCGGCUCAUCCAGAAGGAGAAGCUGCCGUUCGUUAUGGAGAGAGUCGUCGAAUUGGGGAUGGGCAUCAGUGGUGGCCGGCUAUGGGAUGUCCGCAUGGCGGUCAAGAAGAGCCGUGCGGAUCCUUCCUCAUGGACGAAAGAGAGUCCGAGUCGCGAUGAAGAUGAUCACAGCGCAACGGAGGCAACAGACUCCGUCGAAUCAGGCAGCAUUUCCACCAUUUCUGCGGAAGACAGCACUCAGGAAAAUGUGCUGGUUUGUAGGCCCAAGGUUGGGUCUAAGAUUGUCGGGGGUGGCUUCGUUGGGAUAUGGCGAAGGAUUGAAGAUUCGCCGAAAAAGAGAGAUUAG